UUGGCUCGCUGGCUGGCUCGCUCUGCAACCGGGCGCCCCUUCCCGGCGGAGGAUGUGGUUCUUCUCCCGGGACCCGAUCCGCGACUUCCCCUUCGAGGCGGCCUCUCCGCCGGAGCCGCCGCUGCUGCAGCCGGGCGGCGUUUGGCAGCUGCACCGCGGGCGGAGGAAGACCACGGGUGAAUCCAUCUCCCUCUUCGUGCACGAGGUGAAGCCGGGCUCCGAGGAACAGCUCCAGCUGGCCAAAACAGCCUUUCGGUUCCUCAAGACGCUGCGGCACCCAAAUAUCUUAUCCUACAUUGAUGGCUUAGAGACGGAGAAGAGUUUGCACGUGGUGACCGAGCCGGUGGUGCCUCUCCCAGCCUACCUGGUGUCGAGGGAUGGGAAGGGCCUGAGCGAGCCGGAGAUCUCCUGGGGCCUUCAUCAGAUUGCGAAAGCCCUCAGUUUCCUGGUGAAUGACUGUCACCUCGUCCAUAACAACAUCUGUACCAGUGUGGUGUUCGUGGAUCGUGCUGGUGAAUGGAAACUCGGGGGGUUGGAUUACAUGUGCUCGGCCCAGGGGGACGGGACAGUGCCACGAAAGGGGGUCCUAGAGCUGGAAAAAUAUGACCCUCCCGAAUUUGCUGACAGCACCAAAAACACUGGAGAAAAAUGGUCAGCAGACAUGUGGCGAUUCGGCUGCCUCAUCUGGGAGGUCUUCAACGGUCCCCUGCCCCGAUCUUCCUCCCUCCGGUCUCUCCACAAAAUCCCCAAGUCCUUGGUCCCCCAUUACUGUGAACUGGUCGGUGCCAAUCCCAAGCUGCGGCCCAACCCAGCCAAGUUCCUGCAAAAUUGUUGUGGGGCGGGAAGUUUCAUGGACAACAAGUUUGUGGAGACCAACCUCUUUCUGGAGGAGAUCCAGAUUAAGGAACCGGCUGAGCGGCAGAGGUUUUUCCAAGAGCUCAGCAGCAACUUGGACACUUUCCCGGAGGACUUCUGUCGCCACAAGGUCCUGCCCCAGCUGCUGCUGGCAUUCGAGUUUGGGAGUGCCGGGGCCGUCAUUCUCACGCCACUCUUCAAGGUGGGAAAGUUUUUGAACGCCCAGGAAUACCAGCAAAAAAUCAUUCCUGUGAUUGUGAAGAUGUUCUCUUCCCCCGAUCGGGCCAUGAGGAUUCGUUUGCUGCAACAGAUGGAACACUUCAUUCAGUACCUGAAUGAGCCCACGGUCAACACCCAGAUCUUCCCCCACGUAGUUCAUGGCUUCCUGGACACCAAUCCAGCCAUUCGGGAGCAGACGGUGAAGUCCAUGCUGCUCCUGGCCCCCAAGCUGAACGAGGCCAACCUCAACGUGGAACUGAUGAAGCACUUCGCCCGCCUCCAGGCCCGCGACGACCAGGGGCCUAUUCGCUGCAACACCACCGUGUGCCUGGGCAAGAUUGGGCCUUACCUCAGUGCCAGCACGAGACAGAAUGUCUUGAUAUCGGCCUUCAGCCGGGCCACGAAAGACCCGUUUGCCCCCUCCCGGGCUGCCGGGGUGCUCGGAUUUGCCGCCACGCACAACUUCUACUCCAUGAAAGAGUGUGCCACCAAAAUCCUGCCAGUGCUGUGCACUGUGACGGUAGACCCCGAGAAGACUGUCCGGGACCAGGCCUUCAAGGCCAUCCGGAGCUUCAUGACCAAACUGGAGACAGUUUCAGAAGACCCAACUCAGCUUGCAGAGCUUGAGAAAGAUGUCCAGGCGGCCUCCGUCAGCCCUGGGGUCGGCUCGGCAGUGAGCUGGGCUGGCUGGGCCGUGACAGGGGUCUCAUCCCUCACGUCAAAACUGAUCCGGACAAACGCUGGGACGACGCAAGGGGCAGAGCAGGUGGCUGAGGACGCCCCGGCCAAGACGCCGUCGGAGCCCCCCAAAUCAGGGAUCGGGCGCCCCCCUGUUUCCGAGGGAGCAGCUCCUACCCCCUCGAGCCGGUGGGACUUGGAGGAAGACGCGGGGGAAGAGGAGAACACGGCGGACCAGUGGGAUGAUGAAGACUGGGGCAGCUUGGAGCAAGAAGCUGAGCAGCCGAGGAGGCAGCCCAGCGCAGAUGACUGGAAUAGCCCUGGAUGGUCAGAACCAGCCCAGACAUUCAGCGGCCGGACAGCCGCCGGCGCAGUCCCCGAACAGCAGGAGUCGGACUGGGGCACCUCCGCCUGGGAUCUGGAGCCUUCCUGGAGCCCUAAAAAGGGGGCAGCCGCCCCCACGGAUGACGACUGGGGUAGGAGCUGCGAGGAGCCGCUCCCCUCCGGACUGGGCCCCAAGGCAGCUGGGGGGCCCCACGAGACCAAGCCAGCCAGCGAAUAUAACUGGGGCAGCUUCGGCCCUGGGGACAAGCCCGAUCCCUUUUCCUGUCUCGCCAGGAAGCCAAGAGCAGAGAGGCAGAGAAACACCGAUGCCCUGCGCGAAUGGUCCCUCGAGGAAAACUGGGCAGCGCUGGACUCAGAUCAAGGGCCCAGCAAGACGGAGCUAGCCCGGAAGAAACGGGAAGAGAGGAGGCAGGAAAUGGAAGCCCGUCGGGCCGAGAAGAAGGCUGCCAAGGGACCUAUGAAGUUGGGAGCCAGGAAAUUGAACUGACACCCCCCCCCCCGCUUUCUUUUUUCUUUUUUUGCUAAUGUUUGGACAGCUUGAUGCCUCAAAGAGACUGGAAGGAGGAGAGAGAAGGGUCUGCAACUUUGAUCCCCCAGCCCAGGGGUUUUGAAAGGGGAAGGGAAGUUCGCAGCUGCCCCCAUCCUGUCCUCGGUGCGGGGCUGGCCAACCCCACGCCCAAGCCAAGCUGUGUCGCGCCUCCGUUUCCAAUCCGCCGGCUGAUUCCUCUGCCUUCAGAUAGCUAAAAUCGGACUUCCAGAAGCCGGGAGGAGGGGUGUCGGAUCCGCAAAGCCGCAUCUUUCUCUCCUUGCAAAAUCAGAUGUUUUGCGCAGCAGCAAAGGUCCGGGACGGUGUGAACGAAUGCGUGCCUGUGCGGGCAUUAAUCACGCCCGCUUCAUCAGCGAGGCACAGAAACAGAGAAAUAAAUUAACUCGUUAAAUGAGAAGGUCCAAGAGGGUUCCCACCAUCCCUGGUCAACUUC